UCUACUCCAAACUCGCAGUCUCAUUGGGCAGAACUUCUCAACACUGCAAUCGGUGAUUGGGCAGCUGUGUUCGCGGCAGUGCGGUUUGUAGCGCGCCUGUAUGUAGCAAAGCUCGGACACUUACCAGCGCGUGGAAAGAGUGUGGGAAAGAAAACUGCGCAGUAUUAUUAUAAAACAAUAUAAAGGUUUGCUUUUAGAAACGCUACAAAACCAUCUUCCUGUAAAGCAGUAUAUUGUACCGAAUAGAAUGAUGUGGAACCAGAGUGGUUCUUUUGGUGAGUCUGCGAUGGGAGGCGGCUACACCCAGUCUCCGGGCGGGUUUGGAUCCCCGUCCGCCACACAGGGGGAGAAGAAGGGUGGGAGAUCCCGAGCUCAGUCCAUCGUCCCCUGCACAGUGGCGCAGGUGCUCUCUGUCUCCCAGACAGAGGACGUCUUCAAAUUUGGAGAAGUGGAGCUGUCUCAGGUGACCCUUGUGGGGAUGAUCCGCCAUGCGGAGAAAGCACCCACCAACAUCCAGUAUAAACUGGAUGACAUGACCGCGCCGCCCAUUGACGUCAGACAGUGGGUGGAUACGGAUGAAGGCGGUGGGGAAAAUAUUGUUGUGCCUCCAGGCAAUUACGUUAAAGUGUCAUGUCAUCUCCGGUCUUUCCAGAACAAGAAGAGUCUGGUUGCCUUUAAUGUCAGGCCUCUGGAGGAUAUGAAUGAGUUGACCUCUCACAUGCUAGAAGUGGUUCACGCCCAGAUGCUCCUCAAUAAGCCGCAGCCUUUGAUGGGUGACGGUGGCAUGAAUCGGAGCCUCAGCAUGCCAGGAAGCACGGGGAGCGGAUACUCGGGAGCUGAGGAUGGUGGGAUGAAUGGCUUGACACCACAGCAGGGUCAGGUGUUGAAUUUGAUCAAGACGUGUAAAGAAGUGCAAGGGAUAAGUAUUCAGGACAUCAAAAUCAGGCUUAAGGGAAUGAACGCCCUGGCCAUCAAGCAGGCUGUGGAGUUUCUCGGUAAUGAAGGGCACAUUUAUUCCACUGUGGACGAGGACCACUACAGAUCAACAGAGUCGGAGAACUGAGAAACGAGGAGGAAUCCACUCCUGUUAGUGUUGCCCGAACAUUUUCUUUUUCGACGCUUCGAAGAACUGAAGGGCCAUCCACUUGGCAUCUGCAUUUGUAAUAGAGUCGUGUGAACGAAAAACUGAUAAGACGUGUAUUGGUUUAUUUCGGUUAAUUCCUGCUUUUAAAAGCAUCUGUUUUAUAUCCUGAAUAAAGAGGAACCCUACAGUCUUACUGGAACACUUCUUUUUAAAGAUGCUUACAAAUAUUAAACAAUACACCCCCCCUCUCCCAAAUGAGUAUCUUGUACGAGCACUUAAAUACAAUAUCCCAUUGCAAUAAAUAACACUGGUGGCAUUUUAGUUAUACUUCAGUUUUGGCUGACAGUCUUGUCGUAUUCGUUUUCUAUUUGGGACUCUUCUUUUGAUCCCCAAAGCAGUGCAAAUAAAAGCUGUCAUUUGCAGUACUGGUACAUAAAAGGUUGUGUGGUUCUGAAUCGGAUUAGUAUCUAUUUCAUAAACGGCGUCUGUGACUAUUGAGUCAAAGCUGACUUUCCCAUAAUGACGCAGGGGAGAGAGAUCCAGAGAUGAGCGUUUUAGAUUUGUAUAUGUGUUUCCUCAGACCUCAAUACUUACAAAUAGUGAACCUCCACAUCUAUCCAUGAAGCAUGCUGUGAACCCCAGUUCCUCAGCACUUUCAGGGUGUUAUUCCCUCGUUGUAAAUCCCCUUAUCCCUGUGACUAGGAAGGGGAGUUAGGGUUAGGGUGGUGGUAAUGAAACCAACGAAGAGGAAAAUUUGAAUUGUUUUAGUGCUCAAUAAGGCAUGACUUACUGAAGUCAUAAAGACUUCUAGCAGUUGGUGUAGUUGCUCACAUUUGACAUUUAAAUUAACUAUACCAUGUGGCUUUUUUUUUUUUUUUGAUUGGGGAAGUCACCCUAAUAGAUGUAGGAUAUACAAUAUUUGUUUUUGUACAUGGUGAUAAUCAGUUAAUAAAUGGCAAUUGUAUACGA